AUGGAUUCAAAGCCCAGGUUUCUCUUCUCCUCUCUUCUUUUCUUAACCUUCUUUGUUACGUUCGCCGCCGCCCACAUUGGCCAAUUCGAUGAAUACUGGAAGAAGAAGGCUGAAUUAGCCGAAGUUAAAAAUCGAGCCUCCUACAACCCUGACCCGGACUCAGUCACCAGCCACUUCAAUGCUGAAGUCCACACGGAAUCGAUCGACAUGGAGGAUGACACGGCGAACAACACGAGAAGAGGUUUGCGCGGGAAGAGGAUGAACAGUAAGAAUGAGCCAUGCGUGGCGACGAACCCGAUCGACCGUUGCUGGCGGUGCCGCAGCGACUGGAGCAAGAACCGGAAGCUAAUGGCCAAGUGCGCCAAGGGGUUCGGGCGGCACACGACCGGCGGGUUGGACGGGCGGUUCUACAUCGUCACGAACCCGGCCGACGACGACAUGGUGAACCCGAAGAAGGGGACGCUGCGGUGGGGCGUGAUCCAGGACCGUCCGCUGUGGAUCGUCUUCGCCAGCGACAUGAUCAUCCGGCUCAACGAGGAGCUGAUCGUGAACAGCAACAAGACCAUCGACGGUCGCGGCUACAACGUCCGGAUCGUCGGCGGCGCCAGCAUGAUGCUCCAGUUCAUCCACAACGUGAUCAUCACCAACCUCCACAUCCACGACAUCGUCCCCGGCGACGGCGGCAUGAUCCGCGACUCGGAGACGCACUACGGCUUCCGCACACGCAGCGACGGCGACGGCAUCUCCAUCUUCGGCUCCAGCAACAUCUGGAUCGACCACGUCUCCAUGGCCAACUGCGGCGACGGCCUCAUCGACGCCAUCAUGGGAUCCACCGCCAUCACCAUCUCCAACUCCCACUUCACCCAGCACAACGAUGUGAUGCUGUUCGGGGCGAGCGAUAGCUACUCAGGGGAUGCGAUCAUGCAGAUCACCGUCGCCUUCAACCACUUCGGGAGAGGACUCGUUCAGAGAAUGCCAAGGUGCCGAUGGGGUUUCGUGCACGUCGUGAACAACGACUACACGCACUGGUUGAUGUACGCCAUUGGCGGCAGCAAGAACCCUACCAUUCUGAGCCAGGGCAAUCGAUUCAUUGCUCCACCCAACAUUUUCGCCAAGGAGGUGACAAAGAGAGAGUAUUCUCCGGAGAACAUAUGGAAGGACUGGAACUGGAGAUCAGAAGGUGACCUGUUGAUGAACGGAGCAGUGUUUGUGCCAUCAGGAGUGGAUCCCAACACCAACUCAAUCGACGAGAGAGAUCUCAUCAAGGCUAAGCCCGGCACCUUCGUGACCAGGCUCACCCGCUAUUCCGGCGCGCUCGAUUGCGUCCGCGGCCGGCCUUGUUAA